UAAACUCAAAUACACACUCACACACAUCCACUGUCAUCCACACAAACGCACACAUACAUUCACACAGCGCCAAACGCGUUUGCAAAUAGCCCGCCUGCCGCUUCCAGCGCUACGUUUCUUUUCAGCACGAGAAGACCUGUUGGAUGUUAGGCUACUUUUAUAGUGCGGAUUUGACAAAAGUGUUACUACUUUUCACGUUUUUCCUCGCUCUCUUCAGUGACAUCCUAAGUGACAACUUUUUUUGGGAUCUUCUCCUCAGUUCAACAAUUUUGGAGUUUAUGGGUGAAUAAAAACUUAAUUGCAUAUCAAAUUUCCGAACCGUACAGUUGGAUUAAAAUCAGCAUUUGAUGGGCAAAAUGAAUAAUUCCGUGAAAUAACUCACUUCUCCGGACCAAAGGAUUUCAAGUGAUAAUCACAGUGUAGCUUCUCCUCUCCUGGAGUGAAGAUGUGUCGGAGUGUGUGUGUGCCGGUGGCACUGCUGACUCUACUGGUGCUGACACUUGUGGUGCCCAUGGGCCAGGCCUGUCCCAGAAGCUGUAACUGCUACCAGGCCAGCGAAGUGCACUGUACCUUUCGUUCCUUACUCACCAUACCUCCUGGCCUGCCUGCACACACACGACGCAUAAACUUAGGGUUCAACAGCAUCAGCAGCAUCCAUGACAGUUCUCUGGCUGGGCUAAAGAGGGUGGAGCUUCUGAUGCUUCACAGCAAUGACCUCCACCAUCUUCCAGCUGCAGUGUUCAGAGAUAUGAAAUCACUACAGAUACUAAAGCUGAGCUAUAACAAGCUGAGCGAGAUCUCUUCAUCUCUGACCUUCUCUGGCCUGACCUCACUGCUGCGUCUGUACUUGGAUCACAACCUCCUCCAGCACAUCCACCCCCGGGCCCUGCUGCAGCUGCCUAGCCUCAGGCUGCUGCGUCUGCAGGGGAACAGACUGCAUCAGCUGCACCCUCACACUCUGUGCACACUGUCCCUUCUGAAUACAUAUUACUUCUCUACACUCAGACACCUAGACCUGUCCAACAACAGUCUAACCACUCUGCCCAGAGACACCUUAGCGACGUCACCUCUGCUGGAGACUCUUGUGCUGCAGGCUAAUCCAUGGAGUUGUGACUGUAGGAUGAACUGGUUUCUCACUUGGAGUCUGGCCCAUCCAGGCUUAAUGAAAUGUCCCAGUGGCCCUCAGUGUCCAAUCUGUGCCUCACCCAAUUCCCUUCAAGGGCAAGGCUUUCUUGAGCAGACUGACCUAUCGUGCACCUCGCCUGUCAUCCCCUCCCCAGGAAGAGACACACCUUUGGAAACAGAACUCAGUGAAAUCCAAUCAAGUGAAUCCUUCAGAGAGCCUUUAGGCAUAGCGUCUCUGGGUCUGUCUGACCAACAAGGGAACAGUGUUGAUCUGAGUUGCAACAUCAUUCAGUCUUCCCGGGAUAUUGCUCCUCUUCCAGAUCUCUCCCUUUCCUCCUCUUCCCCUCUCCCCCUUGCUAUGUCACUCUCCCUGGAUUGCCCUGUGGAGAGACAGAGCUAUGAGAAACUUUGGAGGAUCCUAGCUUACUAUAGUGAGACUGCAGUUCGCCUGGAGAGGGAGAUCAUGCUGAGUAAAACCCCGGCAUUGGCCUACCGCUACAGGCAGGCAGCAGAGACAGAUGGAUAUUAUCACACUGGAAUCAAGGCUUCUGUUAAAGCCAGACCACAAUGGCUGCUACAGCCAGCCAUUAGCAUUCUGCUAAACAGAGCACAGUCUAACGGACACAAAGUUCAACUUAUAUACUCAACAAGAGUUUCUGCUCAUCCUGACCAUACUUCUCAUCCCUCAAUAUCCUCCCCUGCUUCUCACCCAUGGGUGCUGAUUUCAACUAAUCAUACCAACACAGCACUGGCAGUAGUAGCAGGCAAUAAGGUGGAGCUAUCAUGCCCUCUUCUAAGUUCUGGUAACCCCAAAGUACAGUGGAUUCUCCCAGAUGGAUCCAAGCUCAUCUCCCCCUCCAGAAGCCUAGAUAGUAGACUCUGGGCCUCAACCUCUGGGUUACUUCUACACAAGGUGCAGCUCUCAGAUGCUGGGAUCUACUACUGCAUAGUCCAGGCAGGCAGGGAUGUAGAUGUUCUCCUCCUGCGCCUAGCAGUUGAGGAGUCCUCUGUUCCGCCUUCAGGAGAGCAAGUGGGACCUCGUGUCACUGGAACAGUUGGGGAGCCCAUCAGUCUGUCCUGUGAGGCAUCUGGUUCACCAGCGCCUCAUAUGAGUUGGGUGUUACCAGAUGGAAACAUAGUACGGUGGGAAUUGGCUGCUUCAGGUGGACUCACUAUACAAUCAAAUGGAAGUCUCUCUCUGCCUAAACCUUCUCAGAGGGAUGCUGGUCAUUACCGCUGCAUUGCGGUCAACCAGUAUGGUAGUGACUCUCUGUCCAUGCAGCUGGACUUAAACUCACGAUAUUCCCCUCCACUUAGGACUUCAUUUCCCCGAGGGCUACAGUCAGCUGCUGGCCGGUCAACCAAGAUACGGGCUCCAUUACUACGUCAAGUGGAGGAAGGAUCGGGGAAUGAAGAGGAAGAAGAAGUGAGAUCUUUUAUUGGCAAUAGGAAGCAUCCAAGACCUCUCCAACCUCCCCCAAACAGACGUUAUCCAAUCAGAAAACCUCAAAGACGUGGGCCUAUGAGAGAAGGCCCCCUGAGAAGAGGAGGAGGGCCUGUAUCAUCCACUGACCAGAGAAGAAAUCACUUUGAGAACAGACAUAGAGUUACCACAAACAAACAAAGGAUAGACCCUCAGAAAUGGGCUGACCUCCUGGCUAAGAUACGACAAAAGACUGCUCACACUAAUAACAGCCAGCCCAUCACAGCAGGAAAGCCCACAGCUGAACCGGUGGAAAGAGGCAAAGGCGGAGAUGCAGGAGGACAUGAAGGAGAUGAUGAUACAGAGAGAGGUAGAGCUGGGGAAGCAGGGGUGGAAGCAGAAGCUGAAGGGUCAUCUGUUGAUGAUACUGAUCUACAAGAGGAAGGCCUACAGCCCAUUCAACCUACUCUCACAGAAAUGCAAACACACACACAGAGAAAAACAGACACUGAAACAGACACAGAGAUAAAGACAGGGACAGAGAGGUCAACAGAAACACAGACAGAUAUAGAGAACGAGACAGAGACACACAUACAGACAGAGAAAACAGGUCCACAGACAGAGACAGUGACAAACCCAGAGACAUGGAAAGAACCAGUCACAUAUACGCCAAUCUCAGGAACAAAUGAAAUUGUCCCAGAAUCAGGUGAAGGAGAUGAACAAGAAGCAAACCCCAAGCCAUCAAGAACCAGGCCUCAGAAUCCCGAGCAGGGACUCUUUCCUAAUUUGGUUCCAAACUCCCGGCCUCAAAGCCCUUGGAACUCUCGCAGGAGGAUCGGACAGCGGAGACGACUCAUGAACAGGCCAAGGGGGCAACCUUUGACCCCACCUCGACCUCUCCCUAACCCUUCGAACCCAAGGCCACAAACUGCAGCACCUGACACUACAACAGAUCAAAUUAAUAUGUUGUUGCUGGCGUCAACAACCACAUCUCCAGCUAUUUUGUUGACACGGAGUUACCGCAUUAGGACUGCUCCAAACAGUGUGGCACUGAAUCCUCUGUCUCCCCCUGUUUCUAACACUCUUGGUGUCACCAUUUCAAAAUCUGCCUCUCCCUCAUCAACUCCCUCUCCCUCUCUCACCUCAUUAUCCCCCUCUCACACAAAGACACAUAUAGACAUGAUGACUCACUCAACCAACAUCCCAGACACUGCAGAGUCCACUCUCUUCAACACACCGAUACCAGCACCCACUCACUCUAAUACUGCAGUUGCACAGACACAUAUGCCAGACACACACGCUAUGACACAUACACGCGGCAUACAGACACACACAAAAACACACACAGCCUUAGGGAAACAUGUUGAUAGACCCCCACGCAAACACAGUGAAGAGCUGGAGAGGAAUUUGUUGGGUGUACCAAAUGUGUCCCACUCCUCCACCUCUCUCUCGCUCAUUCCCUCAGCCAUUGCUUCCUCCAUAGUCCCCAGUGCAGCUACAACUGCCACUACUACUGCAAAAAUCACAACAACUCCUUCAACUACUCUCAAGAGCACUCAUUCUACUAGUUCUGCUGGAAGCUCUACGAGUACAUGUACUACUACAGCUAGUGAGGACACACUUCCCACAACAACUACAGUUACACCUAUGACUACAAGUCCCAUCACGUCUACUACAACUACAAUUAUUAUUCCAACAUCUAGCACUACCAGAAGCACUACAACUGCUCUUACCUCUACUACUACCACCACAACUCCUAUUCUUACAUCUACAACUCCCACUACCACCACUACUUCUUCAUCUACUUCUACUACUACUUUAAUCACCACUACCGCUAUUAGUACUACGAUCUCAUUCAAAGCUAUUCCCACAACUCCUAUACCCACUACUACUACUACUGCCACUAGUACUAGAAUUAUCAUCUCAGCUAAAACUUCUCCAACCACUACAAGGGCAGCUACACCCAGUACACCUUCUACUACUACCUCAACAAUGACAUCAACAAGUACUAAAGCAUCAUCCAGAGAGAGGCCAAGCAUUGGCCAAGUUGACCCCAGAGGAAGGCCUGUUUCUGGGGCUCCAAACCAGAGUCGACACCCUACUGACUGGAAGAACCCCGGAGCUAAUUCUAUUCCUGAUUCACACAGCAGCAGGCCACACUUUUCCCCCUCCCCUUUGCUCCCUUCCGCCUCUGGGACCCCAGUUGUGAGAUCCAGACCGAGGAUUGCAGACCCACACAUCAGGACAGUGUCGUUCCCAGCUGAGAGCAUUGCCAGGCUAGCUUGUGAAGCUCAAGGAGAGCCGAAGCCCUCAAUCACAUGGACCAAGGUCGCCACAGGUACACAAGGAGCGGUGAUGUCAAUCCACUCCAGGGCUCAGCGUUUUGAGGUCUUGCCAAAUGGCACCCUUGUUAUCCAGAAUGUUCAGCUGCAGGACAGGGGCACAUACAUCUGCAGUGCACACAGCUUUCUGGGUCGUGACAGAUUGCUAACCACCCUGGAUGUGUGGACCCGCCCCCCUCGGAUGCAGCUGGCCAGCUACAGAGAAGCUACAAUUCAUCAGGGUGGAGAGCUGCACUUGGAGUGCCAGGCAGGUGGCGUUCCCACCCCUCUGCUUUCUUGGGUUCUACCAGAUCGCUCUGUCCUGACCUCCACUGCCCCCUCCACCAGUCGCAUAACUAUGGACACAAAUGGAACCCUCCAUAUCUCAGUAACUUUACCUAGUGACAGAGGAGUGUAUCGCUGUGUGGCCUCCAACUCAGCAGGUGCUGCCAGUGCCUCUGUGCGUGUACACGUGUCCUUGUUGCCCCCGGUGAUACAACAACCCAGAAACGAACACCUGCUCUUGUCUCCAGGGAGGCCAGUUUAUGCUCACUGCUCUGCACGAGGUGCCCCACCACCAACUCUGCGCUGGCGAAUCCCAGAUGGGACUCUAGUUCGGCCAUCCCAGUUUCUCCAUGGCAACCUUUUUGUCUUGCCUAAUGGGACACUGCAUGUGCGAAGAGUUGGGCCUAAGGACUCAGGGAAUUAUGAGUGCACUGCAAGUAAUGCUGUUGGAGCCGAUAAGAGAACAGUGAGGGUAGAAAUUGAAGGGGGAGCAGAAGGAGAAAGAAGACAGGGAGGAGCAAGAAAUGAAGGGGUAAAAGCAGUUGCUACUAAAAAACCUCCUUCAUCUUCACUACAUAAAGACAGAACUUUGUCCAUCCCCAACCACCCCUCAAAUCCAUUCAACUUCCCUAGACUCUCCCCUCCAUUGCCCCUUGAUAGAUCCAGGACCUUGCCGCCCAUCCCCAGCUCAUCUUCUUACCCUCACCAAACCAAUUCCACUAACUUACUUCCUAAAAUCAAUAAAACAGUCACUGCCUCCCCCGCACACUUGACCAACAUCAACAAAACAAAACCCUCCUCUCUCACCCCACCCUCCCCGGUUCCUACAAAUAACACCAAAGUCUUGCCCAGCAUUGUAAACAACACAAGAGUUACUUCUUCUACUCCCUCUGACAAUAACAGAGCCUCAGCUGUUUUGCAACCCUUGCCCGUCUCCCCCUUCAGUAAAGCUCGAAUUAUCUCUUCUUCACCCUCCAUCACUACUGUACACUAUGGCGGGAUUUUGCAGCUUCACUGCUCUGUAACUGGCAACCCAUCACCCAUCAUCAUUUGGAGGACCCCCAACAGGAAACUGGUGGACAUGCACUUCAGUUUUGACCGACGUCUGAAGGUGCAUCCUAAUGGCACCUUGUCAGUCCAGGCAGUAACAGAGAAGGAUGCUGGAGACUACCUGUGUAUCGCACGCAACAAGGUCGCAGAUGAUUAUCGCCUCCUGCAUGUCUCUGUGGCUACCAAGCCUGCCAAGAUCGAGCCCAAGCAGCCGCUCAAUCAGAUGGUGUUGUUUGGCAAUCCACUGAAGAUGGACUGCCAGGCAUCAGGACUGCCUGACCCAGCUGUCCGUUGGAGCUUACCAGAUGGAACGAUGGUGAACAGUGUAUUGCAGGGAGAAGACAGAGGAGGGCGAGCACGGAGGCUAACUGUGUUUGACAAUGGGACGUUACUGGUUCCAGCAGUGGGUAUCGGACAAGAAGGAGAGUAUACGUGCUAUGCUGAGAAUCAAGGAGGUCAAGACACCAUGAAGGUCAAAGUAAAGGUCAUGAUGACAUCUCCACCAACCUUCACUAAUGGCAGAAGCUACCACGUCAUCAAAGUACGUCAGGGGGCAACUGCCAAAAUUCACUGCCAGGCUACAGGAGAUCCUGCCCCGGCAGUGACAUGGUUUUCGCCGAUGCGCAGUGUCAUCCCACGAAGUUUGGGAUCUGGUUUUUAUCCUGAGCGGGUUGUGGUGGUUUCGGAUGGAACUCUGGAAGUGCGUCUGGCUCAAAAGAUUGACACAGGAAACUAUACAUGCCGAACAAGCAACUCAGCCGGGGAGAGGAGCAUGGUGGUGGGCCUAGAAGUGGAGGCUCCUAACCAUGGACAGAGUGGCCAGGUGGGAGGAAGAGGUUGGAGUACUAGCAAUGGGCCUGGUAGUAGUCAUAGCAGUAGAUCAGAGGACAGCAUUAAUAAUGCAGGGAUAAACCAGUAUGGAUUUACAAAUGGAGUCACAAGCAAACUUGGUAGCAAUAACAGCAGUAAUAAUGGCUAUAGUGAUAAUAAUGGCAAGAUAAGAAACAUUGUACCAAACACUGCCGUUAACAUAGCAACCAGUGACUUUAAUACUGCCCUUAGGAGUGAUAGUCAAAAUGAAUUCAACAGGCCUGUCAGUGGAAAUACAACCCAACAUGGUAGCAGUGUAAUCAGUGUCGGGGUCAGCAUGGCUAGGAAUAUAGGCAUUAAAGCAGAUAACAUUGGAAUAAAUAGAAAUGGACCUGGCAUUAUGAGUAGUAGUAAUAGUGUGGGUAACAGUCACAGCACAGUCAGAGGAGAUAGUGUACAAAGGAAUCCUGCAACUAAUGACGUCAUUGCAGGAAAGGCUAGUUAUGACGCUAACACCAGUAGAGACAGUGGCAGGAUAAGUGGUAUUUCUAGAAAUGCUGGAGUUUUAAGCAGCAGUGUGUCUAAUUAUGGGGCUUUUACUGGCACACUCAGAGGAAAUGGGUUCAGUAGGAGUAGCAAUAUAGGAGUGACCAAUGAUAACAGCAGCAAUAGUGUUGGUUUGAGUAGUACUGGAAGAGCUGCUAGUAAUACAGGUACUAAAAAUUUUACUAACACAGUUGUGGGUGUGGUAACGACAGUGAAGCAGCGAGCGGUGAAAGGCCAAACUGUACUUUUGCCAUGCCCCUCCCAAGGCUCCCCUCCUCCUCGUCUGGCCUGGCUUCUGCCAGGUAAUGGUGUGUUGCCAGCUCCUUAUUACGGCAGCCGACUCACUGUGCACCGAAACGGCUCCUUGGAGCUGCGAGGAGUGCGGGUGAGUGAUGACGGGACAUUGGUAUGUGUGGUUAGGGGUGAGAGAGGAGAGACGAGGAUACAGGUGAAGCUGGAGGUCUUUGAGCCACAAGAGGAGGCCAGAUCUCCACAAAGGGGACCGGCUGUGGAAAGACCUGUGCAGGAAAGUGCUAGUUUAAUUGAGACGCCUCGCUCAGGAGCCUUAUUGGAUUCAGCUCAAUCCUUAAGCUCAAGGCCAGUGUUGCCUGAGACGCUUCAUCCAAGAAUCCCAGUUACUCAAAAGCCUCUACACAGAGGCCCGUCUUCACCUGCUGCACCUCGUCCAGUUGGCCCUCCACCUCGCUCAACUGGCCCUGUCUCACAGCCAGCAGUGAGCACCAGAACGGCUCCCUUGUUGAGCAUCAUUAAUGGAGAGACCCUGCGCCUGCCUUGCGCUGCUUCUCAAACUCAUGGAUACACCCAGGGCUCUCUUUCAUGGACCAUGCCCAGUGGCAAGGUACUGUCCCGGGGUGAGAGUGGUGACUCAGCCCGAUACCAAGUCCAAGAGGAUGGAACACUAACAGUGCAACAGGCCUCCGUGUUCGACCGCGGCAGCUACACCUGUAGAUCCACCGGUCACGACUCCUCCGCAGUUUUAGUCAUCACGGUUCCCGUUAUCGUCAUCGCCUACCCCCCACGCAUCACAAGAGGGCCCUCCCCUGUGACCUACACACGCCCCGGGGUUGCUGUGGAGAUGCCGUGCCUGACCAUAGCAACACCCCAGGCAAUAGUUACUUGGGAGACACCAGACCUUACACAGCUGAGAGUGAUGGGUCAGGCUCGUAUCUAUGGCAACCGCUACCUUAGUCCUCAGGGUUCCUUGGUGAUACAGAACCCGACAAGUAGGGAUACAGGAUUUUACAGAUGCACCGCCAAAAAUGUAAUAGGAGCAGACACCAAGGCAACCUACCUGCAUGUUAUAUAAUGGGGUGAAGCAAACACACACACACACACACACACACACACACACAAACAUGCAGUAGAAAGACAGAGACUACCAGUCUUCUGAACUGGUGAAUGAACUCCUCUGCUGUUAACACUAAAUGUCCUACAUGCCCAAAGAAACUGCAAGGCUCCGUGCAGGAGAUACUGCUGAAUCUCAGAAAAGACACUACUAAUAUACAGGUGUAUCUCAUGUAUGUAUUUUUAAUGUAUGACUUUGUUUUCAAUACUGUAAGGUUUUUAUAUCAGGAGUUGGAAGAUUCUCUGCUGCUGAUACAGUGCAUUUUUCUCUGUAUAAACAAAUCAUUUGUGUUUAAGGAGGGUACCCUUAACCUGUUGUGCCUUGUUCUUGAUCUCAUCAGCCUAAAACCCAUAAUGAAGAGAUGGAAAUAAAAUGCACAACAUAUUUGCAGUAACAAAUGUAAAUGCCUAAAUCUGUAUUAAUUACAGUUAAUAUCUCACUCGCUUUUGUGUAAAAAAACCCCUGCAGCUUUUGAGGUUUCAUUCUUCCACCUUUGCGCACGUAAAACAAUUUUAAACUGAAGAAUUGCAAAACCCACCCCCCAAAAAACAUGUUGGUGAUGCUUAAAUACAAGCAUGCUUUACUUGGUUUCUUUAUUUCAUUACUUUAUGCAUUCAUCCACUAACACUGAACUACAGCAUUUUACUGACCGGAUCACUGAAUAUUGUAGACACAACACAACAUCAAACAAAGAGUCUGUUUGAUUAUGAUUCACCCAAACAUCAGCUUCUUCAGGACUUUUAAAACCUGUUUACUCUUCUUGUGACUUAUUUGUGGGUUUCAAACCUUGACAAAUAUUAUUCUACCACCAUCGACUGUAUCUCACAAUCUCAAAGCAGUACUGGCAGAAUGAGAUACGGUACAAAGCAUUCAUAUAAACACAAUAGUCAAUUCUUUGAAGCGUGAUCUUAGUGAUUAUUUUUAUAUUAAAGAUUGUAUAAAUGUGCGUGUGGUUCAAGAGCCUGCCCUAAGCUUGUGCACAAAGCCAGCAGCUCAUAGUUAUCAUGUUUCCUGUUUUCUUUGAUGUUUUUAUUUUGUCUUUAAAUUAUUUGUCUUGUGAAGACGCCAGUGUUUUUGUCAUAAAGGGAGAAAUUAUUAAAUACUAUUAUGAAUGUU